AUGCCUGCUAUUCAUUUAGAUCUAGUGAAAAAAGUUCAGUUAUUUUCGUCUGUAUUUUCAGCCCACCUACCCCAACCGUUAUUCUCCGCGAGAGAUGUUCGCAAACCUGUUCGACCAACAGCUUCCCGAGUUUCUCUACGACGCGCCGCCGCUCCCAGUUUUCGUUGCCUGUGUCGUGUUGCUGAUCACGGUACUACCAACACUGUGGCGAACUUUAUUCUCUGGAGGCGAUGGCACCCUCGACAAUCAGGACCAUGACAGGAGCUCGUCGUCCAAUGCAAACGCAGAAAACAAGCAGAAUGGAAGACCACCAGCGGACUCAUCAUCAUCUGUGGCUCCCACUCGAAAAACCACAGCUCCUGCAAAGAAAUUCCGCGACGAGCGUGCCAUCGUUGUCGUCAUCGGUGACGUUGGACGGUCUCCGCGAACCAUGACACACGCAGUGGAGUUUGCGAGAAAUAACGUCUACGUCUCGCUGAUCGGCUACUACCCAAAAGGAACGAAGAACAACGCUUUGCCGCAGGAACUCACGGAUUUGGAAGACAAAAUCGAUUUUGUGCAGCUGCCGGCUUUUGUCUGUCCAUUCCCGAAACUUCCCUACAUUUUCUACCUCCUCUGGCGCGUGUUCCACGACCUGUGGCACUUCUGGUUCGCGCUGGGGAGCGUGUCCUUCACGACGUACUUCCGGAGAGCGCAGAAGAUCAGCUGGAUUCUAAUCCAAAAUCCGCCCAUGGUCCCGCAGUUGUUCGCUUGUAAAUUGGUACAGAUGUUUUUGAAGGUGAUGACCCUUGCCUGUCUGAAGCGAAAGCAGAGCCGAACAAGGCGCUUUCCAACCAUCGCAGUGGAUUUCCACAAUUUCGGCUUCACGAUUCUGUCACUGAAACUCGGGGAGCGAUCUCCGAUCACGAAAGUGUUGAAGUUCGCGGAGAAAUUGCUAGCGAGGACCUGCGUCGACGUUGGCUUUACAGUAACACACGCGAUGAAGGAGGAGCUGGUGAAGAACUGGAAUUUGAAAACCAUCCCAAUCGGCGUUUUACACGACCGGGCACGGCCGCCCACCGAGGUUUUGCGGGAUGUUGUGCUGUUUUGGGACUCGUUGGCGGACCGCGGAUUUUUGAAGGAAUUACACUCGUGUAUCAAGUGUAAAAGUGUCUGGGUCUGGAAGAUUCUAAACUUGUGAUGCUGUCUCAGGAUUCGAAAAAAUUUUGUAUUGCGUGACCAGUAAGAGGAGUAGAUUUUGUGCUCCGCGGAGAUGGCAUUUUUCAUGCCGAAUAGGCAUUAGGAAGUGCUCUAAAAAUCAGUGAUGCUAGGCCAUGCAUGACAGGCAUUAUGGAUCAUGCAAAAUAUGCAUGACAAAUCUUGCAAUCUCCCAGACCCAGACAUUUUUACACUUGAUAUCGUGGAACAAAGAAAAGCUGAGGCAGUUCUUCGAGGAAACAGCGGACGAACAGGGAAAACUGCAGGGUUCGACGCCGAUGAGCUCGCCAGGUAGUAGUUGCGACCAGCGCGAGGACAAUUCCGUCGGGGGAAGCCCCUGUCCGAGCAGUUCUGCUGAGGACGAAAAUUUUCCGAAGAAGGGAGAGGCGGAGAUCUCAUCUCGCAGCAAAGCGACUCCGUCGUCGUUUUCAAAAAAGCAGUUUAAUCUCUUCUUUAAAUCACCACCUACAAGCGCAAGUCACAACUCCUCCUCUCCGUCUGACAUCAGUGCAGAAAAUUGCAUCACCCUCGGAGAUACAACUCCACAUUCCGCCAUUCCAAAACCGCUGCAGAUGCGGUUGACAAACCGAGACUGGGACCCGAUCUUGACGUCGCACUACGCCAAAGCGCGUAGGGAGUGCUGCAACGGCAAGAAUGGUGGAUCUUCGAUAUCUUCGACUUCUAGAAGCAGUGCUCCUUCAUCACCGCCGAAAAAAGUCCUUCAUCUACGAGUUGGGUCGGUGGAGGAGCAGCGCAACCCUCCAGUACCAACGUCCGUCGGAAUGUUCGGUGUCUCCUCACCCAUUAUUUCCCCUUCACAUUCUUCCGCCGCAACUUUUCUGGAAAACGACCCAGACACCGUGAAGGUCGUAAGCUCGACCAGCUGGACGGUGGAUGAGGACUUCACGGACCUGUUUCACAGUCUCCCUGAGAUCGCGAAACGGAUGAAACCGAAGAAAAAGCUUGUGGUUUUCAUCACGGGGCAGGGGGAACUCCGGGGGUUUUGGCAGAAACAUUGGCAGGAGAAAAGGGAGAUGGAGAUUGGAAAGGACGACGCUACCGGAGUGGUUGUGAAGCUCAAAGACCGCAUCCGCGUGCUGUUCCUUUUCCUCCCCUGGGCCGAUUACCCGCAACUACUGCAAGCCUGCGACUACGGGCUCUGCAUGCACCAGAGCUCCAGCGGGCUGGACUUACCGAUGAAGGUAUCAUUCUUUUUUUUCCGUUUUUGCACAAAGAAGAGCUCCGGGCCGGAUUCUUUUCCGGGUGGAAUUUGUUCCUCAGUACCAGCAGCCGUCUACUUCUUGCGAAAACACAUACAGGUCGUCGACAUGUUUGGUUUCGCGGAACUGCCCGUGGUGGCAAAAAACUUCCAAGCGCUGCCGGAACUCGUUGUGGAUAUUCCCUGAAAAUUAACCAUCCCCAUCCAAUUUGUCAUGCAGAACAUGGAGGAAAGUCUGUGUGUGUCAUGCAAAAAGUGGAUGGGGAUCCUUAAUUUUGAUUUUCAGGGGAUAGUGGACCAUGUGAACGGAUUUACCUUCACGACCAGCGACGAACUGCGCGACCAUUUGGUCUACUUGACGAACAACCACGCAGACGAGCAGUUUGCAAAACUCGGGAGAAUGCGGGUUGCGAUCCACGAGUCUUUCCACUCCCCGGAGACAACAUGGCCGGCGGUCUGGAAACGGGAGGUGCUUGCGCGGUACUACAGCGGGUAGAUGAAAUAAUGAGAACGCUGUUGACGAAAUUUCGUGAAGAUGGUAGUCGAUCAUUUUGAUACAGGCUUUCUUAAGUUUAAGUAACCGUAAGCCUUCCUCACACAUAGAGACGAAAAAAACUCCUCACGCAGCACAUUUUUGCACGUGCUGGUGCUGGUGCGUUUUCAUUUAUCAUUUUCCCUUGCAGCUGCGCAAUUGCAUGCAAGUGCAGAAUCUCGAUAUAAUCAAACAAAUGAAUGCUCCGCAUGUUUUGCUUCG